AUGCCAGGACCUUUAUUAUUUGCAAAGUUAAGUGAUUCACUUCUCUUCAAGCCAGUCCAAGCCACUGAAAAGAAUAACCUAGUCUUGGAAUUGUCUAAUCAUGAUUCAAGAAUCAGGCCAAGCUCCGAAGACGAGUUUCCCCUAUCAAAUAGCGAACAAAUCGCAGCAGUGCUGGGGUUCAUCAGAUUGAAGUUGAACAAAUAUGUUGUCAUUGCAAAUACAUGUGAAAAAACUGGGAAGAUCAACGACCAUAUCAUCUAUAAAGUGACAAAGUAUUCUAUUGUUUCACCAAACCCAGCACUAGAUUUAAAAUUGAGUUCUGAGGAAUCAGAAUAUUUACAUCUGUUGGAAUCACAGUUGAAUAAAUCUAAACUGUAUUUCUCGUACACUUACGAUUUGACUAAUUCUUUACAACGAAAUGAAUAUAACGAUCAAGUUUCAUGGAGGAAUGCUGACACCAGAUUCUUUUGGAACUAUUAUUUACAGAGUGACUUGAUGAGCUUGGCUGACAGUGAUGGUGACCAAUGGAGUCAGUUUAUUCAGCCUGUCAUUUAUGGAUAUGCUAAGGUUAUUGACACCGGAUUAAACGGUUCACCAAUUUCGCUUGGGUUGAUCUCUAGACGUAGUAGAUUUAGAGCUGGUACAAGAUACUUCCGCCGUGGUGUUGAUGAGGAAGGUCAUGUUGGCAACUACAAUGAAACAGAACAGAUAUUGAUAGUAGAAAAGAACGCUGAUUCGCGAGAAAUAUAUUCUCACGUUCAAACAAGAGGCUCUGUCCCAGUUAUGUGGGCUGAAAUUAACAAUUUAAAAUAUAAACCAAAUUUGGUCCUUGGAGACGAGUCAUUAUCUUUGGAUGCGAUAGGGAAGCAUUUCAGUGAACAAAAGGCUAUUUAUGGUGAUAAUUAUCUUGUUAAUUUGGUGGAUCAAAGAGGACACGAAUUACCUGUUAAGGAAUCAUAUGAAAGUGCAAUUAAUGCUCUAGGAGAUCAACAUCUAAAUUAUGUUUAUUUCGACUUCCAUACUGAAUGUCGUAAGAUGAGAUGGGAAAGGGUGAAAUUAUUAAUUGACAGAUUAACUCAACUAGGAUUGAGCAAUAAUGAUGUUUUCCAUACCAUCAUCAACCUCCGUACCAGGACAGGUGAAGUUAAAUCAGAACAAAGUUCUGUGGUGAGAACUAAUUGUAUGGAUUGUUUGGAUAGAACUAAUGUUGUUCAAUCAGAGAUUGCACAAUGGGUCUUACAAAGAGAAUUCGAAAUGUCCAACUUGGUUGAGAAUAAUAGCAUCUGGUCGGAUAAUAAUAAAAUAUUGCUGAGACAUUUCCGAAACCUAUGGGCAGAUAACGCCGACGCAAUAAGUUUAUCCUAUUCAGGGACUGGUGCUUUGAAGACAGAUUAUACAAGAACGGGGAAACGUACUUAUAUUGGUGCCCUUAAUGAUCUUAUCAAUUCUAUCUCAAGAUACUAUCAGAAUAAUUUCACCGAUGGGCCUAGACAGGACUCAUAUGAUUUAAUUCUUGGUGAGUUUAAACCUUCAAAGGAUGUAACCACUGUUGGAUCACCAUUUUAUGAUAGAAGGCCCUUUUAUAUUCAAUUGGUGCCUAGUGUUUUAUUGGCAGCCAUGACUGUUAUGUUUGCUACAAUUUUCUUCCCCAAGCAAGGUGAAUUUACAUGUGGUAAUAAUCUUUUUUAUUUCCUAUCAGCGUUAUUCGUUGCAUUAUGUUCACUUGGGUUCAUGUUUAGUAAUGGUAUUCAAUAUGUUAAUUGGCCAAAAUUAAUAAAGGUCCGAUUCUUAGAUAUUGAACAAAACAUUGACAAGGAGAAGCAAUUUAAUGGAUUGCAUUACUUGCCAAGUGCCAAAUUUUCGAAACCUGGUGUGUUUAAGAGAGAUUGA